AAAAUUUUCAAUUUUGUUAGUGUAAAUUUUUUCAUUUUUACGUUUAGCCCACCCUCUAAUUUUCAAGCCCGGUAUAACUCCUAUUCAGCCCAGAGAAUCUCAAAUUCCUGGAUCAAACAAUAUUAUUGUGCACUAUUUUUAACGAUGUUUUUUUAAAUACAAUGAUUUUUUUUAACAUCGUACCCAACUUUGGGUUGCAAGAUCCACCACUUAUGAAGUUAAUUUGAAUCCAACGCUUGAAGACGAGUUUUAGAACUCCAUAAGCCUUGAUCUUCGCACUGAUGAGCCUCAGGCUAGAACAAUAACAGCAGACCGUUUUGGUAGCAGUCUUGAUAUGAAUCGUAAUUUGUGUUCUUGUAAUGGGUUAGUUCUUCUUGCGUUCGGAAAACACAUUAUCUUGUGGAACCCACUUAUGACACGGUCUACCAAAGUUCUUGAGCUUCAACGGCUCCAAAUGUUUAAGCCUGGAGGGCUUUGUUACGAUCCAUCCUCUAAAGAUUACAAGGUUGUUUUAUUACUUUUUCAGAUUUCUAUAAUUGACAACAUUGGUGUUCAGUAUGCCAUUUUUUCAGGCUUGAAAAACAAAGGGUGGCGAAAACUGUCCUUCCCUUUUAAAUUCUGUACAAGCCCAAGAGCAGGUGUCAACUUCAACAAUACUCUCCAUUGGAUAGUAAGACACGCAUUUAUGAGUCCUUCUUUUAGUCUAGUCGAUGUCGAUAUAGUGAUUUAUUAUGACCUGGUUGAUGAUGCUUUCGAACGAUUGCCCACCCCUAGACCGAAUAGUUCCGAAGAGGACAACUACAUAGAUGGUACACGAAUCAUAGAGGGAUGUUUCUGCUUGGGUCAAAGGAAUGAAGAGAGGAAAACCAUCCAAGUGUCAGUUAUGAAAGAAUAUGGGAACCCAGAGUCUUGGGUCACAAUCUUUUCCAUCUCCAUUUUGGGAUUUGGACUGUACUAUAUGCACAACCUCACAUUUUUUUCCCUAGAUAAAACCAGGACCGUAACCAUUAUGUGUAAAAAGUACAGGAGAAUAUAUGUUUAUGAUGUGGAAGAAGACAAAGUAGAAGAGAGGUUCAGUAUACCAGAAGAUGAAUAUGAUAAGGGCUUGGUUGGAAUGUGUUUCUAUGCUCAAAGUUUUGAAUUGCCAUAUGGAGUAAUCCGGAGGAAAGGUGAACGGCAUAAUGCAGGUUUAAUUUCGAUUAACACGUUUAGGAGUAUUUGAUUUGGGCCUUGUAUGAUUAAAAGAAUACAUUAAUUGUUCCUUUUAGCGAUAAGUAUUUGUAUAUCACAAGACUAACUGUUAGAUGCAUACUAGCUAAUUAAUUCAAGAACUGAGCAUUAUUUAUGGCUUGG